GGGAGCUGCCGCCGCAUCUCUCUCGCGUGCGCGGCGUCCGUCCUCCCCCUCGCGGGGGCAGCUGGCCAGACCAGCGGACCGACGGCCGCAGACCGCCGGGGGGGCGGGGGAUGCCGGGCUGCCGCAUCAGCGCCUGCGGCCCGGGGGCCCAGGAAGGGACGGCGGAACCGGGGUCCCCGCCGCCGCCGCCCCGGGAGCUCCUGUCGUCCCCUCAGCCCCCGCCCCCAACUCCGACCUUGACUCCGACCCCGGCUCAGGUCUCUUCACCGCCCGAAGCGGCCCGGGCGUGGGCGGGCUCGGCGGAGGGGCAGGAGCUACAGCGCUGGCGCCAGGGCGCUAACGUGGGUGCGGGGGGCACCGGGCCGGCAGGGGGCGCGGCGGCGGCGGCGGCGGCGGCGGCGGCGGCGGGAGCGGGGGGCCGCGCGCUGGAGCUGGCCGAAGCGCGGCGGCGACUGCUGGAGGUGGAGGGCCGCCGGCGCCUGGUGUCGGAGCUGGAGAGCCGUGUGCUGCAGCUGCACCGCGUCUUCCUGGCGGCCGAGCUGCGCCUAGCGCACCGCGCCGAGAGCCUGGGCCGCCUGGGCGGCGGCGUGGCGCAGGCCGAGCUCUACCUGGCGGCGCACGGGUCGCGCCUCAAGAAGGGCCCGCGCCGCGGCCGCCGCGGCCGCCCGCCCGCGCUGCUGGCCUCGGCGCUGGGCCUGGGUGGCUGCGUGCCCUGGGGCGCCGGGCGCCUGCGGCGGGGCCACGGCCCCGAGCCCGACUCACCCUUCCGCCGAAGUCCGCCCCGCGGCCCCGCCUCCCCCCAGCGCUGACCUCAGCGCGGGGACCCCUGGCCACCCCCGACAGGCCAUCGCCGAGGUGUCGACCGACGGAUCGGGACGUCGGCUGGAUGGACGGCGUCACCGACGCGGAUGGACAGACUGACGGACCCCAGGAAGAGACAGUCGGGGGGCCAGGGGCCCAGUAAAGGAGGCUGAGCUCCUCCCAGUUCCUCAGAGCCUCUACUGUAUGCAUCUGGACUCCUGGAUUCUGCUCCUUCCCUGGGCACUUCCUUCAGGAAGACGUCUCACAACCUUACACAACCGAAUUGAUCCCACACAACCUUGGCACCGUCCUUACUUUACAGGAGCCUUGCACUUAACAGUGGCAAGGUGCUCAAUUCUGGGGAAGGUGCCUGUUCUCUUGAGUUUCCUUAUAUAAUCUGCAUUUGACUUUGGCCGACACCGUAUGAUUGGAAAUGUUACAACAGGUCCUCUGAGGUGCAAUCAGAUUAUUUAAGAAAGGAGCAAACGUUUCCACUGUGAAAAUGAAAAGGAUUUCUUUUAAGAAAUAGUCACCAUUCCUAAGUCGCGGUGCAGCUGGGGUCCCCGUUUUGGUCGAUGCCAUCGCUUCUCAGUCUGACAAAGCUGGGAGGCCUGAGUGAUGGGAAACGUUCUGAGAAAUCCCUUGUUCCCUCACCCGCUGUCCUUGCCCUCUCCGACUAGGGGUGUGCCUGUGGCCUCUCAGAAAGAUGAUAAGUUGCUGGCUUGGGCGGGGGGCACCUCUUUCUCAGGAAGGGGCGGUGUUAACAUAAAAAUCCUAAGCAAAGUUUUAAAUGAAAAAUGGGAGCAUAUUUAUUCAAGUAUCCUGAUAAUAAAAGGAAGGGGGGGAGCAUACUUACGACCAAGAACUUGUAGAAUUCGGCAAAAUGAAUGUAUAUUGAAUCAAUCCCCUGAUUUAUACAUUCAGGAAGAAUAAAUUUCAAUAACGUGAGACAGA